AUGGAAUAUGAGCGCAGAGCAGCGGUAGUAGCUUCUUUUCGCGUCGGGAACAAGCCUGUGGAAUUGAUCUCCUGGUUUGGGUUCAAGAGGACCAUGGUCAGGCACAUUUGGAGGGAGUGGAAGGCGUGUGAGAACAAGGACGAGUUUACUGCCAAACGAAAGGCCCACAACGUUCGUUCUUCGGCCAUUUGGACCGACGAGUUCGUCGCCGCCGUCAAGGAGACAGUCGACAAUGAUGGAAGCCAGAGCUAUGUCAAGAUCACCGCUGACAGGGGGCUGUCACAAAUCGACGAUCUGCCGAAGGACAUUGGUUACUCCUCCUAUCGCAAGUCUCAACGAAUGCUCAUCACGAAUGACUCCAAGAUGUCGAGGAAGGUCAAGGCGGCGGUUUUGCUGAACGGGCUCAAGUACGGAUCCGCCGGGAUGUUAAGGUCCUUCUCUGCUGAAAAGAAUUUCAUCCAGGACCAGACAGGCAACAGGUGGAUGACAGGUGGAUUUGCAAAGACAUCGAGGAGAUUCCCGUCGUGA